ACGGUGGGGGUGUGGGCAUUUUCCCACACACUCCACCAGACUCAGACAUGCUCACAUCUCGCCUCUCACCAACACAGACAGUUUAGUCACACAGCAGACAGAACAGAGGACAGUCGACCACUUAGCCAACUGUUACCACCUUUAGAGAAGACGUCCAAAAACGCAACCAUGGGGAAAGGAUGCAUCACAGUCACCAAAUACUUUCUAUUCCUCUUCAACCUCCUCUUCUUUAUCUUUGGAGCAUUGAUCAUGGGCUUUGGACUGUGGGUUCUCUUUGAUAACCAGAGCUUCAUUGCUGUUCUGCAGGAGUCAUCACACACUGUAAAAGUGGCUUCAUACAUCCUCAUUGGAGUGGGUUCGCUGUCAAUGGCAAUGGGCUUCUUCGGCUGCAUAGGAGCCAUCUAUGAAAUCCGUUGUCUGCUGGGUCUGUACUUCACCUGCCUCCUGCUCAUCCUCAUCGCUCAGGUCACUGCUGGAGUUCUCAUAUACUUCCAGAGAGAGCCGCUGAAAUAUGAGAUGUCCAACAUCAUCAAGGGUAUGAUAAUUAACUACACUGGCCAGAACAGGACCACAGAGCACACAUGGGACUUCAUUCAGAGGACGAUGAAGUGCUGUGGAUGGACUGGUCCAGGAAACUGGUCUGAGAACCUUCUGAUCAAGAACAGCUCAAAGAACCUCUACCCAUGCUCUUGUCGCAAUGAGAGCCUGUCUGGCACGGACAUCCAGGAAGUAGGCCUGUGUGAGCACUUGUCCACAGACAUGCCCAUCUAUGAAACGGGCUGUAUAACCAGUGUGGAGAAAUGGUUCCUGGAGAACUGUGGGGUUAUUCUGGGAAUGUGUGUUGGUGUGGCAGUCGUGGAGCUCCUCGGGAUGAUUCUCUCCAUGUGUCUGUGCAAGAGUGUCGUCCAGGAGGAUUAUACCAAAGUACCGAAGUACUGAGCUGAAGACAGAGCCAACUUCACACCACACACAGAUGGAUGGACUCUUUCCCUCUCCCACUCUCUCUCUCCUCAUCUCACAUUCUUACAUACACACGCAUAUGCACACACACACACACACAGAAUAAGACAGCUGUCUCCACCAUUUGAGCUUCUCCUGGCUUGACAGCUGUGCAAAUUUCACACGCCCCAUAUGUUCCACGUUAAACACACUCACCUCUCAGUCAAACUUGACACACUUGUUGGACAUAAGUUCACAAGUUACCAUUGUCGUCUUAUUUGUAUUUUCUAAGGAGACAUUUGUGAUAUUUUUUGGUGAAAGCCUGAGAAUUUUGUGGUUUGAUACUAUGCAAAUGUUCAUUUAUGUGUUGUUUUGUUUUCCUUGGCUGACCUCAGUGACGCGCUUACAACGUAGUAGGAGAGAGAGCACUUUAGUGACAUUUGGUGAGCUGAGAACUGGAGCAUCUUCUGCUUCUGACUCUGGGGCAGGGAGAUGAGACGGAGGCAGGAGGAUGUGGGUGUGUGCGUGGUAAAACGCUCUUAAGGAUUAAUGCCACUCUGUGAUCCUGCAGCUGGUAUUUUUGGUGCAGAGGGUGGAGGAGAGGCCCAGGGCAGGGCUGCUGUGGUCGAGGUUUUGGUUUCUCUCAUCAGCUUCUUGUGCCCAGUAGCCCUGAUAUUAACCUGUGUUUACACCCACCAACACCACCUCCUCCUCCCCCUCAUCCCUCCGAGUAUCCAUCAUCUGUUAGCUUUUCUGAAUCACAUCUCUGUCUUCCUCUAGGGUGUGUCUGACUGGUAACCAGUAGCUUUCCAAAAUAGUUUUGCAUGAAGUAAGUGUGUAUGAUGUGUUGAGUGAGUAUUUUAUUUCUUUUUGUUCCUUUUUAUAUUCCCAUGUCAUCUCUGUCUUUUUUUACAUCUGUAUAUAUGUCUUUGGCAAGGGGUUAUGGCACUUCGGUGCUUGGUCAGCAUUUUAUAUGGGAAAGCUGUCACCCACAUACUCUUGUUUUAAGAGUCCUAUUGUUCUUCAUUUCCUCUCUGUUGCUGAUGAUGUACAGAAUGUGGCUGCACAGCAGCUUGUCAGCACUAUUUGGGUCUGAAUCAGAGAAAUUGUAACCCUUAGAGUGAAUCUGUCAUCACUCAUGAAGCUAUAUUUUCAUUUAUUCAGCAUAGCAUGAGUUUGUGAACAGUCUACCAUGGUGCCUGCCCUGAACAUCUUUAUUUAAGGCCCUCGCACCUGCCUUCAUUUAGAAAAAUAUUGUUUUGGGUUUUUUUUACCAUUGUAACAGUGACAUGAAAAUGGCAGCUGUGUGACCACAGUGUAUUUUCCUUCCUUCUCUGCAUGAUUGUUUUCCAAGAAGUCAUUUUGCCUGGUUUAUAUUAUCAGUAACAAGAGCAGAGAAAAAUGUUGGAAGCAAGCAGUGAUUGCAUAUUUUCAGAGGCUGCUAUGACCAGAAAAUGACUGUUCAUCAACCCAUGCUAUUUUUGCUAUAAAAAAAAAAAAAAAAAAAGUUGCAUUGAGUUUCCUCAUCCCACUUAGUAUCCAUCUCACCAUCUCAGUCUUUCCAUUCAUUUCAAACACACUAUUAUGGCUGAAUUUAUGGUUAAUUUAGUGGAUAGAUUGCACUUUUAUGUGGCUUGUAGUUUUUCAUGCCAUCUCGCUCAAGUCAUUUCAAAUCAUAUUCAUCAUGCUGCAAUUACACAAGAGGGAGGAAACUGGUCAUUGUUUAAAAGAACAGUUGUGUCUUUCACAAUUACAGUCAGCCUCUAUUUUAUGACCUGCCAAAUUGAAACAUUAAUUUAACUUAAUGAGAAAUGAAGGCUUUUUACUGUGUGUUUAAGAUAUUUUUACACUUUUAGAAAAAAAUGAAUGAUUUUGUUUAGCAGAAAAAAUAUUUGUGGACCUGUAAGCCAUGUUUAAAAACAUAUUGUGUAUUUGUAUAAUUGAGAACUAUUAAACUUAAAUCCACUUGACUCCA